AUGGCGUCACGGAGACUAGCUUUGAACCUCUCGAGGGGUCUGCGGCCCCGUGCUGGUCUGUCUGCUACUGGACUCUGGAAGCGUGGCUUUGCGACGCCCGCCUUCAACAACAAGACCCAGACGACCACCCUGAAGAACGGUCUCACGGUCGCUACGAACUACUCGCCAUGGGCGCAGACCUCGACUGUCGGCGUCUGGGUCGACGCCGGUUCCCGUGCUGAGACCGACGAGACUAGCGGUACCGCACACUUUCUCGAGCACCUGGCCUUCAAGGGCACUGGAAAGCGUACUCAGCACCAGCUGGAGCUCGAGGUUGAGAACCUAGGCGGCCACCUCAACGCCUACACUUCGCGCGAGAACACCGUCUUCUUUGCAAAGGCCUUCAACUCCGACGUCCCCCAGUUUGUCGACAUUCUCUCCGACAUUCUGCAGAACUCCAAGCUCGAGGCUUCCGCCAUCGAGCGCGAGCGCGACGUCAUCCUCCGCGAGUCCGAGGAGGUUGAGAAGCAGGUCGAGGAGGUUGUCUUUGAUCACCUCCACGCCACUGCCUUCCAGCACCAGGCCCUGGGCCGCACCAUCCUGGGCCCCCGCCAGAACAUCCGCGACAUCACCCGCACCGAGCUUGUUAACUACAUCAAGAACAACUACACUGCUGAGCGCAUGGUCCUCGUGAACUCCGGCGGUGUUCCCCACGAGAAGCUCGUCGACCUUGCCGAGAAGCACUUCGCCGGCCUCCCCACCAACGGCCCUGAGACCCAGGCUUCUAUCCUCUCCAAGAAGCAGACCGACUUCAUCGGCUCUGAUGUUCGCGUUCGUGACGACACCAUGGGCACUGCCAACAUCGCCCUGGCUGUCGAGGGUGUCAGCUGGGACUCCGAGGAUUACUUCACCGCCCUCGUCACCCAGGCCAUUGUCGGCAACUACGACAAGGCCAUGGGCAACGCUCCCCACCAGGGCAGCAAGCUCAGCGGCAUUGUUCACAAGUAUGACAUUGCCAACAGCUUCAUGAGCUUCUCUACCAGCUACAGCGACACUGGUCUCUGGGGUAUCUACCUCUCCACCGACAAGAUUGACCGUGUCGACGACGUCGUCCACUUCGCUCUCCGCGAGUGGAUCCGCCUUUGCUCUAACGUCAAAGAGGCCGAGGUCGAGCGCGCCAAGGCCCAGCUCAAGGCUUCGAUCCUCCUGUCCCUGGACGGCACCACCGCCGUUGCCGAGGACGUCGGCCGCCAGCUCAUCAGCACCGGCCGCCGCAUGGAGCCCGCCGAGAUUGAGCGCAAGAUCGACGCCAUCACCGAGAAGGAGGUCAUGGACUUUGCCAACCGCAAGAUCUGGGACCAGGACCUCGCCAUCAGCGCCGUCGGCAACAUCGAGGCUCUCUUCGACUACCAGCGCCUGAGGAACGAGUUGAAGCCCAAGUUCUAA